AUGAUUUUAGAACUAUGUGGAACUCCUGGUUACUUGGCACCAGAAUUAUUACGUGCAUCUAUGUAUGAAAAUGCAGAAGGAUACAGCAAAGAAGUUGAUCUCUGGGCCUGUGGUGUAAUCAUGUUUACUCUUUUAGUUGGAUUUCCACCAUUCUGGCAUAGAAAACAAAUGGUGAUGUUAAGAAACAUUAUGGAAGGAAAAUAUGAAUUUUUUAGUCCAGAAUGGGAUGAUAUCACAGAAUCACCAAAAGACCUUAUACGUAAAUUUCUGAUAGUAGAUCCUAAACAAAGAAUAACAGCAACUGAGGCAUUACAACACGACUUCUUUAAAAUUGUGACUACUCAAGGUAGAAAAUUUGAUGCAAAGAAAACAUUUCAAUUUUAUGCUCUCUGUAUUCGUGCCAUGGUACGUUUGAAGAGACUCAAAUACUGCCCUGAACCACUUUCAGUGGAUGUUGCUUCUUCAGAUCCCUACAGGAUCAAGACGCUCAGAAAAGUAAUUGAUGGCUGUGCCUUUAAAGUAUAUUGUCAUUGGGUGAAAAGAGGUGAAGUUCAGAACAGAGCAGCAUUGUUUGAAAAUCAUCCUAAAGUGGAAGUUAAAGUUUCUUACUUAAAUUCAUUAAAGCAAAAGUGAAGCAG